CGCGCCGCCGUCGCUGCUGCUGCCGCACCUGCCACCAUGUCGCCGCCGCCGGGUCAUGUCUGACUCUCUCUGGACCGCGCUUUCCAAUUUCUCGAUGCCCUCCUUCCCCGGCGGCAGUAUGUUCCGCCGCACCAAGAGCUGCCGCACCAGUAACCGGAAAAGCCUCAUCUUGACCAGCACUUCACCUACGCUGCCUCGACCCCACUCCCCACUGCCGGGCCACUUGGGUAGCAGCCCCCUGGACAGUCCCCGCAACUUCUCUCCCAAUACCCCCGCCCAUUUCUCAUUUGCCUCCUCCCGAAGGGCGGAUGGACGUCGCUGGUCACUGGCCUCGCUCCCUUCAUCUGGCUAUGGCACCAACACGCCCAGCUCCACCGUCUCGUCCUCCUGCUCCUCCCAGGAGCGCCUGCACCAGCUCCCCUACCAGCCCACCGUGGACGAGCUCCACUUCCUGUCCAAACACUUCGGCAGCACUGAGAGCAUCACCGACGAGGAUGGGGGCCGCCGCUCCCCGGCCGUGCGACCCCGAUCGCGGAGCCUCAGCCCCGGCCGCUCCCCCUCCUCCUACGAUAACGAAAUCGUGAUGAUGAACCAUGUCUAUAAGGAGCGGUUCCCCAAGGCCACCGCGCAGAUGGAAGAAAAGCUGCGCGACUUUGCCCGCGCCUACGAACCUGACAGCGUGCUGCCGCUGGCCGACGGUGUGCUCAGCUUCAUCCACCACCAGAUCAUCGAGUUGGCCCGGGACUGCCUGACCAAGUCCCGCGAUGGUCUUAUCACUACCGUCUACUUCUAUGAAUUGCAGGAGAACCUGGAGAAGCUGCUGCAGGACGCCUAUGAACGCUCCGAGAGCUUGGAGGUGGCCUUUGUCACUCAGCUGGUGAAGAAAUUGCUCAUUAUCAUCUCGCGCCCUGCCCGGCUGCUGGAGUGCCUGGAAUUCAACCCAGAGGAGUUCUACCAUCUGCUGGAGGCAGCCGAGGGACACGCCAAGGAGGGCCACCUCGUCAAGACGGACAUCCCCCGCUACAUCAUCCGCCAGCUGGGCCUCACCCGCGACCCCUUCCCAGACGUGGUCCACCUGGAGGAGCAGGACAGCGGGGGCUCCAACACCCCAGAGCAGGACGAGCUCUCCGAGGGCCGCAGCAGCAGCAAAGCCAAGAAACCGCCCGGGGAGAGUGACUUCGAUACCAUCAAGCUCAUAAGCAACGGUGCCUACGGGGCUGUCUACCUGGUGCGACACCGCGACACGCGGCAGCGCUUCGCCAUGAAGAAGAUCAAUAAGCAGAACUUGAUCCUGCGCAACCAGAUCCAGCAGGCCUUCGUGGAGCGCGACAUCCUCACCUUCGCCGAGAACCCCUUUGUGGUCGGCAUGUUCUGCUCCUUCGAGACGCGGCGCCACUUGUGCAUGGUCAUGGAAUACGUGGAAGGUGGCGACUGUGCCACCCUGCUGAAGAAUAUCGGGGCGCUUCCGGUGGAGAUGGCCCGCAUGUACUUCGCGGAGACCGUGCUGGCGCUAGAGUAUUUGCACAACUAUGGCAUCGUGCACCGCGACCUCAAGCCGGACAAUCUCCUCAUCACCUCCAUGGGUCACAUCAAGCUCACGGAUUUUGGACUCUCCAAGAUGGGGCUCAUGAGCCUUACCACCAACCUGUAUGAAGGCCACAUCGAGAAGGAUGCCCGGGAAUUCCUGGACAAACAGGUGUGUGGGACCCCAGAGUACAUCGCGCCCGAGGUCAUCCUGCGUCAGGGCUACGGCAAGCCAGUGGACUGGUGGGCCAUGGGGAUCAUUCUCUACGAGUUCCUGGUGGGCUGCGUGCCCUUCUUCGGGGACACACCGGAAGAGCUCUUUGGACAGGUCAUCAGUGAUGACAUCCUGUGGCCUGAGGGGGAUGAGGCCCUGCCCACAGACGCCCAGCUCCUGAUAUCCAGUCUCCUGCAGACCAACCCCUUGGUCCGGCUUGGGGCAGGUGGUGCCUUUGAGGUGAAGCAACACAGUUUCUUUCGAGACCUGGACUGGACGGGGCUGCUGAGGCAGAAGGCUGAGUUCAUCCCCCACCUGGAGUCCGAAGAUGACACCAGCUAUUUCGACACCCGCUCCGAUAGGUACCACCACGUGAACUCCUAUGACGAAGAUGACACGACGGAGGAGGAGCCCGUAGAGAUCCGCCAGUUCUCCUCCUGCUCCCCGCGCUUCAGCAAGGUGUAUAGCAGUAUGGAACAGCUGUCGCAGCAUGAGCCCAAGACCCCUGUUGCAGCCGCAGGGGGCAGCAAGCGGGAGCCAGGAGCUAAGGACGAGAAGGUGGCCGGCAAGCGGGAGGGGCUGGGCGGCCUGACCCUCCGUGAGAAGACCUGGAGAGGGGGCUCUCCGGAGAUCAAGCGCUUCUCUGCGUCGGAGGCCAGUUUCCUGGAGGGGGAGGCCAGUCCUCCGUUGGGUGCGCGUCGCCGAUUCUCGGCACUACUGGAGCCCAGCCGCUUCAGCGCCCCCCAAGAGGAUGAAGAUGAGGCCCGGCUGCGCAGGCCUCCCCGGCCCGGCUCCGACCCCCCAGGCUCGCUGGAUGCUCGGGCCCCCAAAGAGGCGGCUCAAGGGGAAGGCACUCCCAGCACCGGGGAACCUGAGGCCACUGAGCGUGCACGCCCAGGUGACCUCUGCACACCCUUGAAGGAUGGGGACCCAUCAGGCCCUAGGGCCACCAAUGACCUGGUUCUACGCCGGGCACGGCACCAACAGCUAUCAGGGGACCCUGCGGUAGAAAAGCGGCCUUCUCGAACAGGCGGCAAAGUCAUCAAGUCAGCUUCAGCCACAGCCUUGUCUGUCAUGAUUCCUGCAGUGGACCCACAUGGAAGCUCACCCCUUGCUAGUCCCAUGUCACCACGAUCUCUCUCUUCCAACCCAUCCUCACGGGACUCCUCACCCAGCCGUGACUACUCACCUGCUGUCAGUGGCCUCCGCUCCCCCAUCACCAUUCAACGAUCAGGCAAAAAAUAUGGCUUCACGCUGCGGGCCAUCCGCGUCUACAUGGGUGACUCAGAUGUCUACAGUGUCCACCAUAUUGUUUGGCAUGUGGAGGAAGGUGGCCCAGCCCAAGAGGCAGGCCUCUGUGCCGGGGACCUCAUCACCCACGUGAAUGGGGAACCUGUGCAUGGCAUGGUGCAUCCUGAGGUCGUGGAGCUUAUUCUUAAGAGCGGCAACAAGGUGGCAGUGACCACAACACCCUUUGAAAAUACCUCCAUCCGAAUUGGCCCCGCAAGGCGAAGCAGCUACAAGGCCAAAAUGGCCAGGAGGAACAAGCGGCCCUCUGCCAAGGAGGGCCAGGAGAGCAAGAAGCGCAGCUCCCUCUUUCGGAAGAUCACCAAGCAGUCCAACCUGCUGCACACUAGCCGCUCUCUGUCGUCGCUGAACCGCUCACUGUCGUCCAGCGACAGUCUUCCGGGUUCGCCCACACAUGGGCUGCCAGCGCGCUCUCCCACACACAGUUACCGCUCCACGCCUGACUCCGCCUACCUAGGCGCCUCAUCCCAGAGCAGCUCGCCGGCCUCCAGCACACCCAACUCGCCGGCGUCGUCGGCCUCACACCACAUCCGGCCCAGCACAUUGCACGGCUUGUCCCCGAAGCUCCAUCGCCAGUACCGCUCUGCGCGAUGCAAGUCAGCCGGCAACAUCCCGUUGUCGCCACUGGCGCACACGCCGUCUCCCACGCAGGCGUCACCGCCGCCGCUGCCUGGCCACACGGUAGGCAGCUCGCAUACCACACAGAGCUUCCCAGCCAAACUUCACUCGUCGCCGCCCGUCGUACGUCCGCGCCCCAAGAGUGCCGAGCCUCCCCGCUCUCCGCUCCUCAAGCGCGUGCAGUCAGCCGAGAAGCUGGGGGCCUCGCUGGGCGCCGACAAGAAGGGCGCACUGCGCAAACACAGCCUUGAGGUGGGCCACCCAGACUUCCGCAAGGACUUCCACGGCGAGCUGGCGCUGCAUAGCCUAGCAGAGUCCGAUGGUGAGACGCCUCCCAUCGAGGGUCCUGGAGCGACCCGUCAAGUCGCCGUCCGUCGCCUGGGCCGCCAGGAGUCGCCCCUGAGCUUGGGCGCGGACCCGUUGCUUCCCGAUGGUGCUCCCAGGCCACCGAUAUCCAGCAAGGAGAAGGAGUCCCCUGGCGGGGCUGAAGCCUGCACUCCUCCCCGUGCUACAACCCCCGGGGGCCGGACCCUGGAGCGGGACCCGGGCUGCACGCGGCACCAGAGUGUUCAGACGGAAGACGGCGCGGGCGGGGUGGCAAGGGCGGUGGCCAAGGCGGCGCUGAGCCCUGUGCAGGAACACGAGACAGGCCGGCGAAGUAGCUCAGGAGAGGCUGGCACGCCCCUGGUGCCCAUUGUGGUAGAGCCAGUGAGGCCGGGGGUCAAAGCAGAGGCGUCCCAGCCUCCAGGCACGGACUCCAAGGGCUUACAGGAACCCACCUCCCAGGCGCCCUCUGCACCGGAGGCCCCGAGGGGCCGGGAGCGCUGGGUCCUGGAGGUGGUGGAGGAGCGGACCACGCUGAGCGGAACUCGCUCCAAGCCGGCUUCCCCCAAGCUCUCCCCAGACCCUCAGACACCCAUGCUAGCUCCAACGAAGAAUGCGCCCAGCAGUGCAGGGCCCCCAGCCCCACCCACUUCCCUCCUGGUCCCAGGCACCAAGCCUGAAGUAGGGCUGACUUCCCAGUGCCCUGUUGAAGCUGUGCCUCCAGCAGGCCUGACCAAAAAAGGGGCAUCCAGCUCAGCACCCCCAGGUCCAUAGCCAAGGAGGCCGUUGGUCCUGUGCUGUACAGCCAUCCUAUACAUAUGUACACAUAUAAAUAAAGUGCGUCUGUGCUGUGUGAGCUCUCUGGGGCUCACCCUUUCUCCCCUGGCAAGGGAGACACACGUGCCAGCCCCCAUGCCCAUGUGCCCAUUUGGAGGUGGAACUCUAGUCCUGGCUACCAUGGAAAGGGGAGGUGAAUUUUGAGUAGCACACUUAUGCACCAGCUGUAUCCAGACCCUUAGGAAGAGAAGAGGAUGGGGUGUCUAAUCUGUGUCCUAAUGCCUACCUGAAGAAAAAGUCAAUAGCAUCA